AAGAGGAGCAUGAGGAAAGCUGGAAAAAUCAUCAAGGACCCCAUCAAGGACCCCAACCACCCCAGAUACAGACUCCUCUCACUGCUUCACACACACACAGACACACACCAGUGUUGGUCAGGCUGUGGCUACAUGGACAAAACUUGUUAGUAGGAAUAAUUCAUUGUUGGUUGUGGUGUUUUCAUGGGAUUUGUUGACAAAAAGAGAAUUAACAGCAACCAUGAAGGGGCUCCUAAAGGAAUCAGCUGAGGCUCCAUGAUGUUUACAGUCUGAUGGUUUACUAGAGGUCUGUCUCUUCAGGUCACAGAUUUGACAUUUCUCUGUAGAGUGAUCAAACUCAGGUACCAUGCAAACAACUGUGCAGCAGUUACACACAUAUACACAGUCUUUCUCUCUCCACCAAACACACACACUCUCUCUUCCCCACUGCACAAUGUUUAUAUGUAACAGAAGUAUUUAUCACCCAAUACCCAUGUUGCUAUCCGCUGUGUUGCUGUGCAUGUGACAAUAAAACCUCUAGUAUCUCUUGAGUGUAAUGCCUGUUGCCUAAAUACUCAAAGUUCAUGAUCACUUUUGGACAUUUAUUGUUGGUUACAGAUUGAUCUGUAUUCCCCUUUGUCAAUUAUUAUGUUUUCUUUUUCUUUUUCUUUUUUUAAAUUUAGCUUAUUUAUAUUUCUAAGGUGACAACAAUAUAAUUUUAUGUUGAAGAAAAAACGGAUCUAUUCCCGGAAAUGACCGAGUUGAUUCUCGUUCGCUUGAUGAAACAUCCUCGGCUCUAUCUGCCUUGAGUAUUGCUGUUACUAUAGCAACAGCCUCUCCGCCAGCUCCGGCUCAUAAUCAUUGGAGGCAGCAGAGAGACCGAGAGAUGAACUUUAAUGUACAAAUUGCAGUUUUUUAUACGAAUGAACCGGAACUGCUGGAGUCAGUUAUAAACACAUUAAGAGAAAGCUGAUCAGGGUUGUUUUCAGUAUGCGGCACCGACCAAGGGGUUCCCAGCUGGGCUUGUUGCUCCUGGCCUCCCAGCUGUUUCAGGUGGGUCUGGACAACAUCCCCCCCGUCACCCUAGCUGUCCUGGGACUCAACGUGUAUCUUUACCUGUUCCCUGCAGCUCCACUAUUGAAGGCCUGUAUAAGUGUACAGCAGACAUACCUGUUUAAUGACUGGCGCCGUCUUCUGUUGUCCCCACUGCACCACGCGGAUGAUUGGCACCUCUACUUCAACAUGGCGUCCUUCCUCAUGAAAGGUAUCAGGCUGGAGCGGCGGCUGGGUGGAGCCUGGUUCCUCUACCUGCUUUCAGUCUUCUCUCUGCUCACCGGAUUUGUCUAUCUGGCGUUGGAGGUGCUGCUGACAGAGCUCACUCAGGACCCUUCCCACAGUGCGGCAUGUGCUGUUGGCUUCUCAGGUGUGCUGUUUGCUCUGAAGGUGCUCAUCAACCAUUACUACCCAGGCGGUGUGACCUAUGUGAUGGGUGUCCCUGUGUCCAAUCGCUAUGCUAGCUGGGUGGAGCUUGUGCUGAUCCACAUAACAGCACCAGGGAGCUCUUUGAUUGGUCACCUGGCAGGUAUCCUGGUGGGUCUGCUCUACACGUCUGGACCACUAAAGACCCUCAUGAAGAGUUGUUCAGGGUUUGUGACAUCGAACGGACACACCUCCCAGCCAAAUGCGUACUACAGAUCCUCAGGCUACAGCGGCACUGGUGGAGGAUCCUCAGGAUACUAUCAACAUGGAACAGAGAACACAACAAAUCACACAGCGUCUUACACAGGUGGGCUGACUGAGGAGGAGCAGUUGGAGAUGGCCAUCAGAAACAGUCUGAAUGAAAGUGGACAAACCAACCAGAGAGGAGCUCCUCCUCCGUAUGGUUUCCACUUCCCUGAGGAGCCAAGCGCUGAGGAGAUCAGAAGGAGGAGACUGAGGAGGUUUGAAAGCUGAAUCGCAGCAGUGGAGGGGAAGAAGAAGGUUUAGGUGACAAGACAGAAGAGGAAUUCGCUCGUGAAGCCCGGUCCAAACUCUGCUCCCCAUAGGCUGAGCGAGAGCGCCCUGAUGGAGAAGGUCUUAUCACACAGUCUAACACUCUCUGCUCUGUUACUGCGGAGUCCUUUGUGUUAACGCGCCUCUGAGUGUUACCAAAGAGUUUAUAUUAGCUAUGAAACGCUACUUAAAGAUGUAAUCAUUUGAGAGGUCACCAACCAGUGAGCAGCUUAGGUUUGGAUGUUUUUUGACAACGCUGAAGUUGUCAUCCAAUUCUGGAAUAAAGGGAAUGAAGAAAGUUGAGGGAUGAUAUUUCUCAGUCAACUUUUUUUUUUGUUACAACACUUAAAGCUGUGAAAUGAGAAAAAUACAUCAUAGUAAAUGUCAUGUCAUUAAACCAGAUUCAGGUCUAACUAUUGUACUUAGACUUGUCAAACCUGGACAAGAUUAAUAAGUAGAAGUCAGUCAUGAUGUAAAAUGUUCCAGAUUUGUUAAACUUUUAUUCUAUAUAUGAAAACAACAAGUUCAACGCUUCUCCCAGCUAGACCACAGCAGACCAAGAAAAAACAUUAUACUUAUACUUGUCAAGCCUGGACCAGCUCAUGUUAAUCUACUUUUAAGAAUCAUAAAUACAGUGGUUCAGGAUUUUUUACUGCUAUUAUACUACAAAGCUAGCUUCUCGCAGUAAUAAAGCUAGAAUUUAAAUGUUUAACCGAGAUUCAAAUGAAAUUCUCUCUUUUUUUCCACGAGAUGUUAAAUCUGACCGGUCAGUUUUUUUUACAGAGUAGGUUCAGCUGAUAAAACAAAACAAAACACAAAUUAGGAUUUUGAACUUAAGAAAAGCUUUAGCUCUCUCUCCAUGCUGUUCAUGAUAUUCUGACUGCUUCUGUUUUUUUUUUUCCUUUCAAAUGGUCUCAUCAGAUUUACAGAACCUGAUUCUGUAUGGUGCUAAAAACAAUCAGCCUGCUGCCAUAGUUGAUGAAGGUAGGAUGUACAUUAAAAGGUACACAUCUGGCCUCCUGAAGGACUAAUAUGUCUCUGUUAUGUGUUCAUCUGUAAUAAAUGUUCUUUUGUUAAGCACAAAGAUGUA